GGUUGGUAACCGGUUUGAAUUUGAGUUCCCAUACUCCACUGAGAGUUGUUUUUUUCCCCCCAAAUAUCUUGAAAACAAUUUUCAACAUUUAGCAUGAGAAUUGUAAGAUCUUUCGCAAGCUGUGCCAUGCGUAUGGGUAGAGUUACGCCAACAAAACUAGAAGGCUCCGAACGAACUCAAUUCCUAGAUGAAUUAAAAUCAAGGGGUUGGACUACUGUUGCAAAUAGGGAUGCCAUUUACAAAGAAUUUACAUUUGAAAAUUUCAACGAGGCUUUUGGCUUUAUGGCCCGUGUUGCCCUUAAAGCUGAAGUAAUGAAUCACCAUCCAGAAUGGUUCAACGUCUACAAUCGAGUGCAAAUUACUCUUUCAACGCAUGAUUGUUCUGGCUUAUCGGUCCGUGACGUAAAAUUAGCGAAAUUCAUCGACAAUUUGAAGUAA